AUGAGCGCGGCCGGCGGCGGAGCCGGGCCAGGCCGGGCGCGUAGGUGUCGCGUGACGGGGUCCCGCGCGGGGCUCCUGGGGAGGAGAGGCCACGCCUUCUGGGCGGGCGCCGGGGGCUCCCUUCCCACGCCCGCCUUGCGAGCUGCCAAGCGCCGCCUGCCCGCCGUGCCGCCGCAGCCCUCGACGCCUCCGCCGCAGCUCUUCGACGACACCAGCGCCGCCGCCCGCCUGGCCGACCCCGUUUCCAGCUUCGCCGUGGCCUACGGCAGCUCCUUGGCCACGCAGGGAAAGCAGCUCGUGGACCGGAACGUGAGUGCGGCUCGGGGCGGGGCAGCUCUUGGCCACUCCCCCCUCCCCCCGCCUGGUGGUGACCCCCCCUCCCUGUCGCCCCCUCGGCAGAUCGACCGCUUCAUCCCCGUGACCAGGCUGAAGUACUACUUCGCAGUCGACACCCUCUAUGUGGGCAGGAAGCUCGGCCUCCUCCUCUUCCCUUUCCUGCACCAGGACUGGCAGUUGCGCUACCAGCAGGACACGCCCGUGGCCCCCCGCUUUGAUAUCAAUGCCCCAGACCUCUACAUUCCAGUCAUGGCGUUCAUCACUUACAUCCUGGUGGCAGGGCUGGCUCUGGGAACACAGAACAGGUUCUCCCCCGACCUGCUGGGCUUGCAGGCCAGCUCAGCCUUGGCGUGGCUGAUUGUGGAAGUCUUGGCUGUCCUUUUGAGCCUCUACCUCGUGACGGUCAACACCGAUUUGACCACGAUUGAUUUGGUCGCCUUCUCAGGAUACAAAUAUGUGGGGAUGAUCGUGGGCCUCGUGGCCGGGCUGCUGUUUGGAAAGACCGGCUACUUCCUGCUGCUGAGCUGGUGCUGCCUCUCCAUCUUUGUCUUCAUGAUCCGGACCCUGCGCUUAAAGAUCUUGUCUGAGGCCGUCGCAGAAGGGGUGUUGGUGCAGGGGACUAAGAACCAGCUCCGCAUGUACCUGACGAUGGCCGUGGCCGGCCUGCAGCCAAUUUUCAUGUACUGGCUAACUUUCCACCUCGUCCGCUGA